GAAAUCGGCUGCUUCGGCCUGUCUCCGCCCGGCCGCGCGCGCUUUGAGUGGAGGGCUCCGGCUCCCGCGCGCGGUUAGGCAUGGCGCUCUACUGAGCGACUUCCGCGGCGUGCGAUUCCACCCCCGGACUCCACUAAGCAUGAGCACUUCCUUCUUUUUUCUGCACAUUCUAGUGACUGAUUCCUCUUUGGGCUGGCUUUCCCUUAGGUUCUCUGGGCCUGUUCUUGCCACAGCGUGACUUUUUUCAGGGCCGUUGUAGGAGGCUCACGCAGGAGCUCUAUUCCUAUGAAGACCCCAUUGGUGGUUCCAGCGCCGCCACCAUGAACGGAGUCCAGAUCCCCCAUACGCCCAUCGCUGUGGACUUUUGGAGCCUGCGCCGGGCUGCUUCCGCACGGCUUUUCUUUCUGUCCCACAUGCACUCGGACCACACCGUGGGGCUGACUAGCACCUGGGCCCGACCCCUCUACUGCUCCCCAAUCACUGCUUUCCUCCUGCAUCGUCACCUACAGGUAUCUAAGCAGUGGAUCCGAGCCCUGGAGGUUGGUGAGAGCCAUGUCCUGCCUCUAGAUGAAAUUGGGCGAGAGACCAUGACCGUAACCCUAAUGGAUGCCAACCACUGCCCUGGCUCUGUCAUGUUUCUCUUUGAAGGAUACUUUGGAACCAUCCUCUACACAGGUGAUUUUCGAUAUACACCAUCCAUGCUAAAGGAGCCAGCCCUGAGCGUGGGGAAACAGAUCCAUACCUUAUACCUAGACAACACCAAUUGCAAUCCAGCUCUGGUUCUUCCUUCCCAAGAAGAAGCCGCCCGCCAGAUUGUCGAGCUCAUUCGAAAGCACCCAGAACAUAAUGUAAAGAUUGGACUCUAUAGCCUGGGGAAAGAGUCACUGUUGGAGCACCUGGCUCUGGAGCUGCAGACCUGGGUGGUACUGAGUCCUCGGCGCCUGGAGCUGGUGCAGCUGUUGGGCCUGGCAGAUGUUUUCACCAUGGAGGAGAAGGAGGGCCGCAUCCACGUCGUGGACCACCUGGAGAUCUGCCGUUCUGCCAUGCUGCGCUGGAACCAGACCCACCCGACCAUUGCUGUCCUUCCCACAAGCCGGAAAAUCCACAGCUCCCACCCCAAUAUCCACGUCAUCCCCUACUCUGACCAUUCCUCCUUCUCAGAGCUCCGUACCUUUGUCGCAGCGCUGAAGCCUUGCCAGGUGGUGCCCAUUGUCAGUCGGCAGCCCUAUAGGAACUACUUUGAGGACAGCCUGAGCCCCAGGCUCUCUGUGCCCCUGGUUCCAGCCUCUGUACAGCAAUACAUGAGUUUCUCCUCUAGAAAACCAAGCGUUCUCUGUCUGUUGUUAGAAAGGAAGCUAAAGAAGCCAAGAACCCGGGGUGUCGUGUUUGAAUCCCUUGAGGAAAAUGCUGAUCAAUCUCUAGCUGUCAGUGACUCAAAGAGGGCGGAGAAUGAGGACCUUUCUGGGAACCUUGAGAAGCAGCCCUCCCACCAUCCUUUGCGGAUCAAGAAGCAGUUGUUCCCAGAAGUCUGCAGCAAAGAAUGGGAUGGGGCAGUCCCUUUCCCUGAGUCCCAGAAGAUAUUGACUGCCCCCUUGGGCUUUUCAAUGCACUUAACAUCCACAGAUGAGGAACGUCUCUCUCCGGAAACGGGACAGGAAACUGGCGUAGGGCCCCACUGGGUCCCCAGAGGAGACAUUGAUGGCUCAGCAGCAUCAGGGAACCAGAGCACCUGGAGGGGCCGGGAUUCGCCCCUGCCUCAGAGCAGCAACGCAGCCCCUCUGUUGGCUCCUGAGUUCAGGGGCUUAGCACUAAAAUACCUUCUGACUCCAGCGAACUUUUUCCAGGCAGGCUUCUCUUCCAGGGGCUUUGACCAGCAAGUGGAAAAAUACCAUAAAUCCUUGCUGAGUCAAACCUCGUUUGAUCCAACAUCCAUCUAGCUUUGAAGACAGUGGCUGAAGGCUGGUGGGGAGAGUUUGGUCAGGGCCUUACUUUUCUAUCUUCACAGGAUCCUAUGGGCUCACCCUAGAGCAACACUUCUGAAAGUGUGUUCCUUGCACGCCUGAUGCCUAUGGAAUCCUUAGUUUAUACUUGACAGUGUUUAAGAAACACUUUUAAUUAUAACCUCUUCACACUAUGAGCACAUUUAAGGUUCUAAGAAGGCCUUCAGUAACUUAAUCUGUUUACAUUUGUUUAACAUGGUAUUUUGUCAACUUUUUUGAACGUGCAUUCCUUUUAUGUGGCUGCAGAAAGAUAAGAGUCUGAAUCAGAAUGGCCCAGGUUAAAAAAUAAAAAAAAAAUUAAAAACAAAGAUAAAGGAGCGGCCGGUUAGCUCAGUUGGUUAGAGUGUGGUGUUAAUAACACCAAGGUUGCCGGUUCGAUCCCCACAUGGGCCACCAUGAGC